CCAGAGACGACCACAUUGUAUGGUGCAACGGCUCUCAAAAGAGUACUUGAAAGAUUACCUCGCGACGAUAGAUAGGACCUCACUGCGUGUGGCCUCAAGCUAAAGUAUUCCAUCUGAAACUACAUUUAGCUUCUCUCAAUCAAGCUAAAGUAUAACACGUUGCCCAAACUUCUACAACAAUGUCACCCCAAACCCUCCCCCACACCUACCGCGCCUACCGUAAAACGUCAGGUCCCUUUCCACGUACAAUUGAACUUUUUUCGGCCCCCCUUCUACAGCAACUCGCUCCUCGCGAUGUUCUCAUCCGCGUAAGAGCUGUCGCCCUGAACUAUCGCGACAUCGCCAUGCUCAACGGGCGCUACCCCACCGACCACGAAAACGCUGGCCUCCCCUGCUCCGACUGUGCUGGUGAAGUCGCUGCCAUUGGGUCUUCCGUCCAGGGGUUCCAGAUCGGCGACCGCGUGAGUCCGUGUUUCAAUAUGGACGACCUUGAUGGGAAGCAAAGGGAUGAGGAAGUGAGGACGCUGGGCGGGAGCGUUAUGGGGCAGGGGGCGGGGCCAGGUGUGUUGGGGGAGUAUGUCAUCUUUUCGGAGGAUGUGUUAGUAAGGGUUCCGAAGUAUUUGACUUGGGAAGAGGCAUCUACACUACCUUGUGCGGGAGUUACUGCGUGGACGGCUCUGGGCCGACCGAGGGAUGUUCAACCAGAUACUACUAUGCUGCUUCAGGGCACAGGUGGCGUCUCCAGCUUCGCACUUUUCCUCUGCAUCGCCGCCAACAUCACCCCAAUCAUAACUUCCUCCUCUGAUGCCAAACUCUUACAGCUCGCCUCUCUCAGCCCCCUGGUCAAGACCUUCAACUACAAAACGCAUCCUGACCAAAUUUCACAGGUGAAACAUCUCACCGACGGCAAAGGUGUGGAUGUCGUCAUUAACAACACGGGCGUCGCAUCUCUCAUUGCCGAUCUUGAAAGUCUUAGAAGUAGGCACGGUAUGGUAUCCAUGGUAGGUAUGCUGGAUAACCAGAAGGCCGAAUGGGAGCCCAGUGCGCUCAUGUUGGUCACGAGGAAGCUGGCAACGAUACAAGGUACGAGAGUCGGUUCAAAGAAAGAUUUCCAGGAGCUCAACGCGUUCCUCGAGGAGAAAGAGGUGGACCUAAAUUCGUUGAUUGAUCGUACGUUCAAAUUUGAUCAGGCAAAGGAGGCAUUCGAGUACCUGGAGUCUGGUAAUCAUGUGGGGAAAGUUGUCAUCAAGAUAUGAGGU